UCUCUUCUCUUCUCUUAGUCUAUGAGAGGGUCUGGGGAAUUCUUGUACAAAUUUAGGUUAUGUCUUGCUUAAGUGAAAGAAAGUAGUUUAUUUUGUAAUAUUUGUGAAUUAGUACUAAUUGCUUAAAAUUAACUCAUAUUGAGCAUCGUAGAUAAUUUAAUAUUUUUGUUUAAGAUUUUAACAUGUGGCUUAACGAGGCCGAUGAAUUUUCUGAGAUAUUUAAAGGAAUUUUUCCAUUUUAUUUAUUACUUGCAUUGCCCCUAUUUAUAAUCAUAUCUCCCGUUAAUCCGGUUGGAGCAUCAUAUGAAUUUCCAAUCUCCCGCAUGCAGCAAUAUGAUUUACAUGGAGUUCCUCAUGGAUGCCGUUCAGCUCCCGUCAACCUAGAAGCUCGGUCACUGAGCGGCUGGAGCACAUCACGCCACUGCGUUGUCGCAAGGCUGCAGGACAUAUCUGCCGAGCAUUUCAGAGAGAUUCGAUCGAAAGCGGGAGCUCUUCUGGUCGUUUUACCGAAAGAUAUUGAAACAUUACCACAAUCUGAAAAACAGAUUCUGAUGGAUUUGGAGAAAGUAAUGCUGUCUCAAGAGGUGUUUAUUCCAGUUUACUUUGCCACUUGGACUCCAGAACUACAGGACAUUGUGGAUGAUGUUGCUAACAGUAUGGUGACUGAUGAGAAGGCCGGCACAGCAGCACAAGCGCUGCUCAACUCAGUCUCGGCUAAUGGCUACCAGAUUGUUAUCAACACCAAUAAAGCAGUGCCAAAGACGGAUGUCCAUAUUGCUUCAAUACAGGGCAAACUGAUUGGCCACGGAGUAGAGGACAAGAUGCCAACUAUAGCCAUUGUCGCCCACUAUGAUAGCUUUGGCGUUGCUCCGGAGCUGUCAUUUGGAGCAGACAGCAACGGGUCUGGGGUGGCAAUGUUACUAGAGUUGGCACGUUUGUUUUCACACCUAUACGCUAACACACAGACACAUGCACGUGUCAACCUGCUCUUUCUGUUGUCUGGUGGCGGCAAGCUUAACUACCAGGGGAGUAAGAAGUGGCUAGAAGAUCAGCUGGAUGGUGUUGAUGCCUCUCUUUUACAGGAAGCCAAUUUCAUCCUGUGCCUAGACACUGUGGGAGGAGCCAACUCUUUAUACUUCCAUGUGUCAAAACCUCCAAGGGACAACUCCCCAGGAGCCAACUUCCUCAAGGAACUGAAAAGUGUAAAGAGCAAUGUACCCGUUGAGGUGGUCCACAAGAAGAUCAAUCUGGCGGAGGAGGUGUUAGCGUGGGAACACGAGCGAUACAGUAUCCGCAAGUUAUCUGCCUUCACGCUCUCUUCUCUUAAGACUCACAAACAGCCUCUGAGGAGCACCAUACUGGAUACCAAGAGCAGUGUUGAUAUCUCACAGCUGGCUCGAAACACCGAGAUCGUUGCUCAGGCCUUGGCUCGACACAUCUAUAAUCUCUCAGCCGAUACCUUCCCAUUCUCGAAACCUAUGGGUGUGGAGGCGGAUUCUCUCAAGACAUAUAUAGAGUUCCUGACAGCUCAGCCUCGUUCAGCACAGCUGCUGGCAGACAAGAACAACCCCCUGGUGCUGGCCCUGUCGCAGUUGCUCAGCGGAUAUAUAAAGGAUGUAAAGGUGUCAUAUCAGACUCCGGAUAAAAGAGAUCCAGAGUUUGUAUUUUACGACAUUACCAAAGCCAUAGUAAAUGUAUACAGUGUGAAACCAGCAGUGUUUGAUCUGUUUCUCACAUUCGCCAUUGUUAUCUACUUGACCAUCGUCUACGUGUUUAUACAAGGAUUUCCCAAGCUCUACAGUGUCAUGCUGAGAUUCACAAUGCAGAAGAAAAGUAAAACUUACUAAUGCAGAAGAACACGCCUGCACUUGUGUGGAGUGAUCUCUUCAGUAUGUAGCAAACGUACUGUGGCGUUUUGUAGACAACAUUUAUUGUAGUAAAGAGAACAAUUUUUGUAUAUAAUAGUAUUACCUCAAUUUAAGCUAAAUGAUUAGUCAAUCAAAGUGAAUGUUUGUGUAUGUUAGUGUAGCUAGUCAGCCGUCGUGGUUCAUGGGCUCGCAUGAAUUCCCAAUGUACUUUAGAAGCAUUUAAGUUGUGAAGAAAUACAACAGGGUGUUUCUUUUAGUCUUAUUAGCUUUAAGUUACAAUUUAAAUGUUCGUAUAUUCUCAAAUGACAUUAUUACCUCGUAAAGUUUGAUGGGAUUGUUAUUUUGGCCUUUUUUAAUGAUAUGUAAACAAAGAGAAUGCAAUCUUUGGGACAACUAGUAUGUCUAGUUGUAUUUCUAAAAACUGAUCUAACAUUCAAAAUAUGCAAUUUAGUAGUUACUGAAAAUAUUGAAAGAUAUCAGUUGUAAUUCUACAAAACAUUUCAACGAUUGAAAAUUAGGAGAGUUAUUGAUGAGGACUGUCUCGUUGGAUUUGGUAUUUGGAUUUCUUUUUUAAAGUACCAUUAAAAAAUGUAGGUAAUAUAUUUUAAAUAAAAUGCUUGGUAAUGGGUGGUGUUGAUUUAAUGAUGGAGAAGAGGGUUUUUAAUUCUAGUUUAAAAAAAUAAUUUCUCUUGUGAAUAAAAUAUCAUUAAUUAUUUUAAAUUGCCUGAGUAAAAAUACUUACUAUAGAACUACCAAUACAAAUGCAUAGGCUUUUAAUUUAAUGAUAUGGGAAGGGAAGUGAAAACUUGAUGAUAUGGUUGAUUUAAGCCAUAAAACUUCAAUGCCAGCAAUGGAUUAGAUACAUUGUUGUGCACCAUAUAGUCUAAUUCAAAAUAUGUAUGUAUUAUUAUUAAAUAAUAUAAAAUUAUUUGUUAUAUGAAAUGUAAACAUGAAACAUUAUAUUAAACCUAAAAUAUAAAUCAUAUGGUAAGUAUUUUGGCAUAUGUUAUAAUGUAAAACCAAUAUAAUGUUUUAGUUGUAAAUUAAUAUACCGAACAAUGAAUAUGGUAGGUUUUUAUUAACAGCACAGAAAAAUUAACAAGUAGGGAUAUUGAAGCGUGAUGGAUGAAAUUGAUAUCAAAUUUUUUUAAGUGAACAAUGUAUUUGCUUGUUAGGUUAAAGCUGGGCAUCAAACAGCAAAUAACAUUACUUUACACAACUCAACAAAAAUAUUAUUCUUGAAUCAACCAUUACUUUUUAUUCUAUAAAAUGUAAUAUUUAUUAUUACAUUCAUACCAAUUGUUAUCCAAACACUGGAUUUGAUUUCAUCAUAUUCUUUAAAAUAAUGAUUUAUGAAAAAUCCGUAUGAAUUUUAUGCUUUCAUAUUAAGAAGUCAUUUAAAUUUUGUACAACAGUAUUCUACUUAUCCGCAUGGCGUGGACAUGAAAAAAUUAAACAAUGAUUGUACUGAUUAUUAUAUUGUAUACUAAUGAAUGAGAUUAGUUUAAUAAAAUAUACAACUCACCUAUAGAGCACUUAUAUCAGUACACAUCAAAAGUAACAAUAAACACUUUAUCCAUGUACAGGUUAUUUCCACAGUAUCAGGUGGACAAGAAUUCUUAGCCUUUCUGCCUUAAUCUAUUCACUAAUGGUACUUUGCUGUUAUCCGGAGGCCACUAUUUUUGGAAGAGUUUUUAUUAUCGGGUACCGAAAAAACUACAUUAUUUAGAAAGAACAGACGUUAUUUGAUGUACUGUGAAAAUUACAAGUCAUGACGAUUGAUUCCUGUGCAAAAUCUUAGAACUUUUCAGAGGUUGGGAAAGUACCAAUCGGAAAUGCCCAUAGUCAUCGUGUGAGUGUCAGUGGUACCUUUGGUACCAACCUGCAAAAAAAAGAAAAACAUCCCUCAAAAUAGUAUCUAAAUUCAAGCUCAGAUUACAUGAUCGCUCAUUAACUUUUUAUAUUUAUAAUACCUUCGUAUCUAUUUACUUAUUUAUAUAGCCCAAUAACCAACAGUAGAUAGAGACAGAGUGGCCUCCUUUUCACCGACAUUGCUGCCUUUUGGGAGGAACUGAUCUUCAUAAUGACAUUUAAUUUUCACAUUAAGUCAAAUAAAGUCUGUUAUUUCUAAUAGUUUCUUUUAGGUCCUCGGUAAGAAAAACUGUUACAAACAUAGUGGCCUCCGGAUAAUACCAAAGUACCGUCCUAAUAUUAAAAAGAAAUGGCUGCUUCCCAAUUAUAAACUUAUUUAAUUUGCUAUAGUACAAAAAUAUUGUAUCACAUUAUUCAGACAUUGACAUUAAACCCACUUUCUGUCCUGUCUACAGACAUGUAAAGUGGAUCUAUGGUUCAAUUAAUUGUUGAUAAAAUAUCAUUUGUUUAAACUCAGCUGUUAUGAUUGCUAUAAUAUUACAUUGUUCUUUCAGUUGUUUAGUGUAUUAUUCAUUUUUGUAAAUUUCUGAAAACAUUUUCUACUAUUGUAAAUAUUGUAUUGAUAAGUUUUCUAGUUUUUUAAAUAUAGGCUAUAAAACCGUAGUAAUUAUUUUAUCAGAUUAAACUAUUAUUUUGUUUUUUAAAUUUAUGUAAACUACAUUUAAGAAGUGAAACAAAAAAGUAGCUUGACAACUUAAAACAUAGCCUAGUUGUAAGCUGUUUACAAAAAUCAUACAUUUUGUUUGGAGUUUUUGGCACAUCACUUGAUAUAAUGGCUGGGGUUAAAAGGGUUGAAUAUUUUUUAGUAAAAGUCGUUUCUGUUGAAAUUGUCCAUUUUUAACUUUAGUAAUUCUGAGCAAAAAUACUGGGUCAUCUUAAAUUUAUUUCAUAUUUUAUUAUGAGUAUCAGGCAGUCUUUAGAAAAUAAAAUCAUAAAAAUUAAAUAUCAGAAAGCCAUAGUUGACAUUACCGAGCGAUGAGAAGGUAGAUAUCACUGCCAUAUGGAACACAGUUAACUCAGUCCCGUGUAUGUUAGCAAGUCUAUAAUACAUAUUAUAAUUGGAUAGAAGUUUACAGGCCUAGAGAUUCCAUGUGGUCCGUGGCCUGACAAUGAACAGUAGUCUACUAGUCACGUGGAGUGGAGGGGGAAGUUACAAGCACAAUCUGUGAGUUGACUACCCCCCGCCACCACUCCCCCUCUUUGACAUUCAUAGUUCCCUUCUUACACAUCUAGAAGACCACAUGGAAUCUAUCGGUCUGCAAAUUUAUCCUUACUUUAUUUAAUUAAUCAAUGGAAUACUCUUCGAGAUUGGAGUGCUAAGGUGGUCUCAGCUUGAAUUUAAGUAUUUCUCAAGGAAUGUUUUUCUUUUUCUGCCAGCAGUCAAGGUGGCACCAAAGGCUGCACUAAUGAAUGGCCAGGUCCAUUUCUGAUCGCCACUUUCUCGUGCCUAAUCAUUCAAUGUGAUCUUAUCACGGGAAAGUGCCAAUAAAAGAUUCCUUUAACAAUCACUAUGGCCUUUGGCGGCACCUGUACUGCAGGCACAACAAGAAAAACAUACAUCAAGAUGGUAUCUAAAUAUCAAGCUCAGAUCACCUGAGCACCUCAGAUUUUUAUCUGCACAGCGUGUGGACUUUCAACAAUGACUUUCCAACACUUAAUUUUCAUGUUCUUCAUCUUUUAAGGGUUGAUUCAUCAUGAUAAAAUAUGAAAGAAAUUAAAGUUUACCCAGUCAUUGGUUAAACUUCCUGCUUCCAUGUAUUACUUCAGUUUUUUUUCAUUUAGUCCUUGAAACCUAUACACUUAAAAAAAAAACUGCAUAAUAUAUUGCAAUAUUUUACUGUCUUUGAAGGUUUAAAUUCCAAAAAUUCAAUUCAAAGAGUCCUUUUCAAACCUUUUCUAUAAUAUCACAAAAUAAAUACAAACUAUAAAUUUAAUCCAAUAUUUUGUACAAUUAAUUAUCAUCAUCUAUUUCAGAGUUAAAGUUAUAAUCCUUCAUUCAUUUAUAUCAAGUAAGACACAUGAACAGUCUUAUACAUAUUUCUCCUCCUAAUACUUGUUAAACGAAUAACAUUGAUCCAUGAUUCAAACUGCUCGGAACAGGUUGAAGUUUUAAUUGUAUAAAUUCUUCUAUGAUCUGGAUAUUAUUGGGUGUGCUGUCUAAAAUAUCUUUAGUUCAAAGUUUUACCUUAAAACUUUUUAAAAUAUAGACCUUUUUAAUAUCAAAUUGAUUCCAGUGAAUGCACUUUUUUCACUUUUAUUAUUUAAAAUAUGACAUUUUAUAUUAAAUAAAUUUGAGUCCAUAUAUUCUGAUUAGUCUUUUAUGGAUGUAUAAUAUUUUUAUGUUUAUUUUGGUACCAAGAAGAUUUGCACUUGGAUAACAAAGUUAUUACAAAACAUCUGCUGCCUGCCCAGCUAUUUUUUACAGUUGUGCUAGAUGCAAUUUCACUAAAUACCGUACUAGAGAAUGCGUAAUAUCCUCUGAAAUUAAUGUUUGUGUGUUCAUUUAUUCAUACAUUUCAGUCUAUAAUAAGAUUAUUAAAAAUGCAAUCAAUGUUGUCAUUAUUUCACUAUUAGUCAUUCAGUUUCAGUUAUUAUUUGAGAAAUAUUUACACAUACUUUUAAGGCUCAUCUAAUAAUCUAUCUAGUCAAAUAAUUAUAUUUUAAUAACUAAGUUUUCAUCAUUUCUUACAAUAUCUUUUAUGUUGAGUUUAAUUGUAUUUUACAGCAAUAAUUACAAAAUAAAAAUUGGAAUCUAUGCGUUAAAUGUGUGCUCCAUAAAUAUAUAAUUAUUUAGGUUCUGUUUGAUUCUUAGUAAUACAAUAUUUUAAUAUUUUGCCUGUAUGAUCAAAGGUUUUUACUCUUAUAGGAGCAACGUGUUUAUCAUAUAUGGAACACUGUGAAUUUUUACACUCAUUAUUUAAAACAGAUGGAAUCAACUUUUUAUUUUGUUUAAAUUUACGAUAUCAAUGUUGAAUGUUAUUGCUCCUACUUUCCAUUGGCAACUCAUAUGUUUUUACUUUAUUUUCCAACUCCCUAAAUGCUUAACAGUUGUAGUAAUAACCACUAAAUUUUUUUUAAUGAGGGCAUGAAUGAAGCUUAAUAAUUUCAAUUGAUUUACCAUUUCAGAAUAUAAAAUUUAAUGUUGGAGAAUAGACCAUUUUCAUGAAGUCUAAAUAAAAAGAAUAUUUUUUUGUACAUUUGUUAGAAUUACUAUCCAUUGUACACAUAAAGAUAUCGUAAUAAGUUAUCAACAUCUUGUUUUGUCAUUACACCAACAUUUAUAUAAUUUUAUUUCAUAUUUCCAUAAUCGUGUUUUUAUGUGUAAUAAUUUUAUUUGUUGUUAUCUUGCUUUGUUCCUCUGUGUAUUGAAUAUCAUUGUCAGCAAUAUUUGCCUCUGUGGACCAACAAUGAUUGUUUAGUUAUUUACAAUAAAUAUUCUAUUUUAAGAUUUGA